CUUGCAGUGAGUCAAGAUCGUGCCACUGCACUCCAGCUGUCUCAAAAAACAAACAAACAAAAAAGUACACAAAUUGGUAGCUUGAAUUCCCACCCCCUCCCCGAUAUAAGAAGUGGGCUUGUCCAAGACUCUGAGGGACAGCGGGGGAAUCACUGGUGCCCAGCCAGUCGGUGACAGAGCAGGGAUUAGAGCUGGACCCCUGAGGCUUAGCCCCACGCUCUCUUCCCCAAACCCUGGGGCCUCAGUCAGCCUCUGGUAAUCCCUUCUGUGCCCAGGGCACCAGAGCCGACGUUUCCCUUCAGUAAGGCAGGGGCCGAGGCUGCCAGAGCCCUGCUGGCGUCAUCCUGCCUGGGAUAACUCGAGCGGUGGGGUGGGGGGGAUUAGAAACCUGUGGGAACAGCACCACAGGCUGCCCGGGGAACAUCUGCUACUACAGCCUCGCAGCCAGGAGUCCCGGAUUUUACUGGUUCCUGUGCCUGCGGACAGGCCCCCAGGGCGACCGGCUUUGUGGGGGGAACACUGGGUGUCCUCUCCACAGUCCAGGUAGGUGGGACCCCCACUCCUGGCUCUCAGCCUUUGGGGACAGGAGCUUCCCUACUUGGAGCUUCUAGACAUGGAGGGAAACAUGGAAGCCAUGGAGUUUAUUAAGUGUCUUGGAAGGUGGAGGGAGGGAUGGCCUCCUCUAGGAACUGCAAAUCUGCAGGGUGUCUUGAGAGACAAGAGUGCCCAGCGGGGAAUGUCUGAUGAGCUGGAUGUAUGGGGCAGGGGAUGUCCUAUGCACCCUCCUUGCCUGCUCCUCCCCAUCCCCCAGGCCCUCUGCAGUCCCCGGCUCCCUCUAACCUCCCCGCCCCCCACCACAAAUCCUGCAUGUGUGUGGCCCAGUCUGAGGCCAUCUGGAUAGAAGUAGAGGCUCCCUAAGGGCCCACUUUGAUUAAGGGGCUCUCUAGGACCAAGGGCUGAGGCUACCUAAAAAGUUCUCUGCCACAGGAUCUUGCACCCAAAGCACCAGAAGCCACCCUUUGGGGAGGUAAGAUAAACCACAUGAAUGGUGGUGUUGGGGACCUGGGCGCCCACCCACUGCACAGUUACAUUAGACGUGGUCAGAGGAGGGUCACGAGUCCUGCCUCCCCUCCCACCGUGGGCAGCAGGGUUGGGGUGCCCCAGGCUCCACUGAGCCCUGCUCAUCCCUGCCACCAUCUCUGGGGCUCAGAAGCACCCAGAAGGCACCCUGAGACCAAUGUCUGCAGGUCUGCAAGGUGGCAAACCUCCAGGGAUCCUUCUGGCUGAGAGGGAAAGGUGGGGAGACAGUGCCAAUGUUUGUAGUGCCUGGUAACAGCCUCGGGGACCAGGUACCUGGGGAAUGUGCCCAUUGAUUUAGGGGCUGGCUCCACCCCAGUUCCUGCUACAAAAGAGGCCAGAUGCAUACUCUGGGGCCUGCCUCCCUGGAGAUGAGGAUCAGACCCCUGUCCCUUGCUGUUCUCCAACAGGUGCUGGGAGGCCCUCCUUGGCUUAGGAGGCCACUUCCAAAGCUGAGGCACCCCAAGGAGGCACCAGUGGCCAGGAUGUCCACGCAGAGCACCCACCCCCCGAAACCCGAGGCCCUACGUCUGCCACCUGGGAUCUCCGAGUCCCCGAGCUGUCAGAGGCGCCACACACUCCCUGCCAGCGAGUUUCGCUGCCUCACCCCGGAGGACGCUGUCAGCGCCUUUGAGAUCGAGCGUGAAGGUGAGUGGCCCUGCACAGGGUCAGAGGGAUGCUUCACUCUGGUCCAGUUAUCCUGUGGGGAGGAGACCCUUAGUCUCCUGUCCUUGGAGACUGGGUCCCAGAGUUAUCAGACCAUGUGUGUGCUCAAGAAAGUGGGGGAAACAGCAGCCCUAAACCCCAUUUUCCUGUGGGGAACGGGGCAUCUGAGUGGACACUCGGGGUGCAGCAGACAGUGGACGCGAGGCACAGCGACUACCAGUCACUCAUCUGAGCCUCCUGUCACAGCCUUCAUCUCCGUCUUGGGCGUCUGCCCCCUGUACCUGGAUGAGAUCCGGCACUUCCUGACCCUAUGUCCAGAGCUGUCCCUAGGCUGGUUCGAGGAGGGCUGCCUUGUGGCCUUCAUCAUCGGCUCGCUCUGGGACAAGGACAGACUCAUGCAGGAGUCGCUGACGCUGCACAGGCCUGGGGGCCACAUAGCCCACCUGCAUGUGCUGGCCGUGCACCGCGCCUUCCGGCAGCAGGGCAGGGGCCCCAUCCUGCUGUGGCGCUAUUUGCACCACCUGGGCAGCCAGCCGGCCGUGCGCCGGGCCGCGCUCAUGUGUGAGGACGCGCUGGUACCCUUCUAUGAGAGGUUCAGCUUCCACGCCGUGGGCCCCUGCGCCAUCACUGUGGGCUCCCUCACCUUCACGGAGCUCCACUGCUCCCUGCGGGGCCACCCCUUCCUGCGCAGGAACAGCGGCUGCUGAACUGGGCUGCCCACCUGGCUGCCAACGUGAUCCCUGUCUCUGCCCUGGGCUCCUCUUAGCUCAGCUGAGCAUGGAGACAGCAGUUUCCAGAGAGCGGAGAGAGCAGGGCUAAAUAAAGAGGAGAUAAGGUGGCUUCUCAUGGC